CCUAUCUGACACUGGUGGCCUAUCCUAGCGAUAUGCCACCAAUAUCUGAGGAGAGACCAUCCCUAUCAUACUGUCAUUUAUGCUUAGCUACACAUAAAGUUUUGCAAAGAUCGCUCCAGCAAGGGGGCGUGGAUCGGAUGACGUCAUUAGUUGGCGCCGAUGUAAACAAGUAGUCUAACAUGGCGGCCGAAACAGGUGCUGCAAAACCGGUGAGGCCGAAAAAGGAGCCUCAGCCGCUGAUUAUCCCGCAAAAUGCCACCGACGAGCAGAGGCUGAAGCUGGAGCGGCUGAUGAGGAAUCCGGAUAAGCCUGUUCCAAUACCUGAAGGACCAAGGGAAUGGACGCCAAGAUCUGCCCCGGAGUUCGUCAGAGACGUUAUGGGGUCCAGUGCUGGGGCUGGCAGUGGAGAGUUUCAUGUUUAUCGACACCUUCGUCGCAGAGAAUAUCAGAGACAAGAAUACAUGGAUACCUUGUCUGAAAAGCAACGAUUAGAUGAAGAAUUUCAAAGGAAGCUAAAGGAAAACGAAAUCAAAGCAGAGGAAAGAACUGCAAAGCGAAGAUUAAAACGGCUGAAAAAGAAUGAGAAGAAAAAGGCAAAAAAAGAAAAACCAGAGGGAAAGGCCAACUCUGCAAAUGCUGAGGUUGGGAAAGAAGCAGCGGCUAGUGCUGGCGAUUCAGAAGAGGAAGAUUCUGAUGAAUAGUUCCCAUCAAAAUGAUGUUAUAUUCAAUAUAGACUUCACUUUUUUUUUUUUUGAUGCCUCAAAAUGGAGGGAUAUGACUGUUCAUAAAUUAAACUUUUUUAUUUUUUU